GAAGAAAUCACUCCACCAAAGGCGGUUGAUUUCUGUCACAUUACUGAUAACACCUAUGAGUUGAAAGAGGUUAUAAAAAUGGAAGCUGAAAUACUUAAGUCACUAAACUUUGAAAUGGGCAAUCCUCAUGUUAACACAUUUCUAAAUGAGUUUAUUGGGUUUGCAACUGAGAAUCAAAAGACUUCAAAAUUGCAAAUGGAGUUUCUAUGCAAUUACCUUGCUGAGCUAAGCUUGUUGGACUAUGAAUGUAUACGAUUCUUGCCGUCUACUGUUGCUGCAUCUGUUAUAUUUCUUGCCAGAUUUAUUAUUCGACCUGGUGUUCAUCCUUGGGUAAAUAUUCAUCAUUAUUUACUUUAAUCUAUUUGUUUCUGUGAUUGAGUUGGGCAAUAAUUUCUGUGAUUAGAGGACUGAUUACUAGCAUCUUUAUUGGCUUAAUUUAUAGUGUCAUUGUGUUGAAACUGAACCUCACAACUGGUUUAGUCCCUAAUCUCAAUGUUUCAGUUGCACUUCUUGGUUUUGUGUUCAUUAAACUUUGGACUAAGAUUCUUGAGAAAGCAAAUAUUGUUUCAAAACCUUUCACUAGACAGGAGAAUACCAUUAUUCAGACUUGUGCUGUUGCAUGCUACAGUGCUUCUUAUGGAGGUGGUUUUGGGUCUUACCGCCGGAUGAAAUAGUUAUUUACUUUUAGUUCACUCUCUUUUCCUCAAUUGGUUGUUGUCAUUUGUGUGUGAAGGAGACUUUUGCCUGACAUUUUCAGAUUUCUUGAGCAAGAUGUUGCGAACCACAAAACUCGAUCUGUUGAAAUUGAUCUCGACGACUUAAUGAACUACAAGGAUCUAGAUGAGGAAUUUCUGACGCGAGUUACUGAGAAUACUCGAAGAUAUGUAGGGAUUUUUGCUGAUGCCAUUGAUGAGCUCAUGCCGGAGCCUACUGAGGCGUUUAUUGAUGAUGACCAUGACAUUUUGAUGACUCAGAGGUCUGAUGAAGGAACUGAAGGUGCUGAUGGGUCUGACCCGCACCAGAAGAUGCCUUCUGAAAUCAAACGCUUUUUUGAAGUUUAUGUUAAAGCAUCUUCUAAAGGACGGCCUUUUACAAUUAGGGAGGUGAAAGCUUCAAACAUUGGCCAGCUUGUAAGAUUAGCUGGUAUAGUCACUCGAUGCUCUGAUGUCAAACCAUUGAUGCAGGUUGCUGUGUACACCUGUGAGGAUUGUGGCUUUGAAAUCUACCAGGUAGCUCCGGGUGAUGUUGUUGAACUAUCAGGGAUUUUUCUUCCUAUACCUUAUGUUGGUUUUAGAGCAAUGCGUGCUGGCCUAGUUGCUGACACAUACUUAGAGGCCAUGUCUGUUUCUCAUUUUAAGAAAAAAUAUGAAGAAUAUGAACUUAGAGGAGAUGAGGAAGAGCAGAUCAAACGUUUAGCAGAAGAUGGUGAUAUCUAUGAUAAGCUGGCAAGGUCACUAGCUCCUGAAAUUUUUGGACAUGAAGAUAUUAAGAAAGCACUGCUGCUGCUUCUUGUUGGUGCACCCCACCGGCAAUUGAAAGAUGGAAUGAAGAUUAGAGGAGAUCUACAUAUAUGUUUGAUGGGGGAUCCUGGUGUUGCCAAAAAUUUUCGUAUACCUUAGACAGCGCUUUUGUAAAAAGCGCUGUCUAAGGGGGGGAUUAGAAAGCGCUUUAGGCAAAAGCGCUGUCUAAGGGGGGGCUUAGACA